UUGAAUGGAUGAUUUUGGCAACCAUCAUAGCUAACUGUAUCGUCCUGGCUCUGGAACAGCAUUUACCUGAGAAUGACAAAACUCCUCUUUCUGAGAGACUGGAUGAUACAGAGCCCUACUUCAUAGCCAUCUUCUGUUUUGAGUCAGGUAUAAAGAUUCUGGCUCUGGGCUUUGCCCUCCAUAAGGGCUCCUACCUGAGGAAUGGAUGGAACGCUAUGGACUUUGUAGUAGUGCUCACUGGUAUCUUGUCGGCGGUUGGCUCCGAAUUUGACCUGCGGACACUGAGAGCAGUCAGGGUUCUGCGACCACUUAAGUUGGUGUCAGGGAUUCCCAGCCUGCAGGUGGUACUCAAGUCCAUCAUGAAGGCUAUGAUCCCCCUGCUGCAGAUCGGACUGCUUCUCUUUGUGGCCAUUCUGAUGUUCGCCAUCAUCGGCCUUGAGUUCUACAUGGGAAAGUUCCACACCACCUGUUUCGACAUCGCCACUGAUGAGAUUUAUGAUGAGUUGCCAUGCGGUACAGAGUUACCGUCCAGAUUGUGUCCUAAUGGGACCACGUGUAAAGGCUAUUGGCUGGGGCCCAACUAUGGGAUCACCCAAUUCGACAACAUUCUCUUUGCUGUCCUCACUGUAUUCCAAUGUAUCACCAUGGAGGGUUGGACCGAUAUGUUAUACUAUAGUAAUAAUGUAGAGGGAAGUGCCUGGAACUGGAUGUACUACAUCCCCCUCAUCAUCAUCGGGUCCUUCUUCAUGUUAAAUCUGGUGCUGGGCGUCCUCUCAGGAGAGUUUGCCAAAGAGAGAGAGCGAGUAGAGAACCGUGCAGAGUUCCUCAAAUUGAGACGCCAGCAGCAAAUAGAGAGAGAGCUAAACGGAUAUCUAGAAUGGAUCUGUAAAGCAGAGGAGGUCCUUCUGAAUGAGGAUGGUACCAUUUUUACCGGUACCGUCAAGACCAAGAACAAGAAAGAGCUGCUGAAUCCAGAAGAGGGGGAAGACGGUGGAGCUAAUGGAGACCCGUUUGGCCGAGGUGGUCUACAGGAUGGGUCCAACUACAAUAGGAACGAGCGGCGGAUCCGGUUCUUCAUCCGUAAGAUGGUGAAGACUCAGGCCUUCUACUGGACCGUCCUGAGUCUGGUGGGCCUCAACACCAUGUGUGUGGCGGUGGUACACUAUGAACAACCUGAGAUCCUCUCCGACUUUCUCUUCUAUGCAGAGUUUAUAUUCCUGGGUCUGUUCAUGUCAGAGAUGUGUAUUAAGAUGUAUGGCUUGGGGACUAGGCCCUACUUCAACUCCUCCUUCAACUGCUUUGACUGUGUUGUGAUCGUGGGCAGUAUAUUUGAGGUGAUAUACGCGGUCAUUAAGCCAGGGACAUCGUUUGGCAUCAGUGUGUUAAGAGCCCUCCGACUGCUCAGGAUCUUCAAAGUCACCAAGUACUGGGCCCCUCUACGUAACUUGGUGGUAUCAUUACUCAACUCUAUGAAGUCCAUCAUCAGUUUGCUCUUCCUCCUCUUCCUCUUCAUUGUCGUCUUUGCCCUUUUGGGCAUGCAGCUCUUCGGUGGACAGUUCAACUUUGAAGGUGGCACGCCGGCCACCAACUUUGACACCUUUCCUGCAGCUAUAAUGACAGUAUUUCAGAUCCUGACGGGUGAAGACUGGAACAUGGUGAUGUAUGAUGGGAUCAAGUCUCAGGGAGGAGUAAACAGCGGAAUGGCCUACUCCGUCUUCUUCAUAGUGCUCACACUCUUCGGCAACUACACCCUGCUGAAUGUGUUCUUAGCUAUCGCCGUGGACAAUCUGGCCAAUGCUCAGGAGUUGACCAAGGAUGAGGAGGAGCAAGAAGAGGCAGCUAAUGCCAAGACAACCCUGCAGAAGGCCAAGGAGGUGGCUGAAGUUAGUCCUCUGUCUGCCGCUAACCUCUCCAUCGCUGCUAAGGAGCAGCAGAAGAAUAAUAAGGCUGGUGGUAAAUCCGUGUGGGAACAGAGGACCAGUGAGAUAAGGAGACAGAACCUGAUGACCAGCAGAGAGGCCCUGUACAACGAGAUGGACACGGAGGACUGGAAGGUCAGGGGAGAGGGGGAGGGAGAGGUGUCGUACCCCCAUCGUGCGGGGGACAUGAAGACCCACCUGGACCGUCCGCUGGUGGUCAACCCCCAGGACAAUCGCAACAACAAUACCAACAAGACCCGGCCCGGAGAGCCCCCUCUAGACCCGCAGGACACCCUGGGCCAGCAGAGGGCUGAAGAAUACAUCAGACGCCAGGCCUGCUACCAUCAGAGAUACAGGGGGGGUGAACCAAGGGGAGGUAGUGGCCCAGAGAGAGAGGCCCGUCUGGGGCACGGGGGGAGCAGAUUGUCCCUGCAGACGCUGGAGGGUAUUGAAGAAAGAAGGGAACAUGGAAGGAGAUGUAGGCAUAAAGAAGGGAAGGAGGGGAGGAGUGUGUCACCGCAUUACAGCGAGGGAGGAGUGGGGGAUGAGAAGAGGAGUAAGUGUAAGGGGACAGAAGGGGUAGUGGUAGGGGAGGGGGGUGAGGUAGAGGGGGAGGGGAGGAGGCCGAGGCGUCAUCGGCAUGGAGAGAGGAGCCGACAGCAUCGAGUUAGAAAAGACCACCACUGCAGUGGCCCCAACCUCUCCACCGCUCGGCCCAUCCUCAGACAGGACAGUCAGUACAGGGAAGACCUAGACAACCUCCUCAACAACAGCAAACUACACGACCACACCCUCCACCCGCUGCCCCCAGACCACCCUGACCUUGUGAAUAACCUCCUGAACCGCAGUGUGACAGCAGACACACACCACCAUAGUAUGGACAGUCUAAUUCUGACCAGUAUGGCCAAGCCGGCUCAUACGGUCGUGGAUAUGAUGCCUCCUGUCUAUCCAUAUCCCUCCACCAAUGCCAUCCUGCAAGUGAACAAGAAUGCUAACACAGACCAGAAAAAGAAGGAUGAGGAGAAGAAGGAGGAAGAGGAGGAUGAAGGGGGCGAUGAAGAUGGUCCCAAACCAAUGCCCCCGUUCAGCUCCUGUUUCAUACUGUCCACCACCAACCCGUUCCGUAGGUGCUGCCACUACAUCCUGACCAGGAAGUACUUUGAGUUCAGUAUCCUGUCUGUGAUCGCAAUGAGCAGCAUCGCCCUGGCUGCAGAGGACCCUGUCUGGCCUGAGUCACCAAGCAACCAAGUGCUGAAAUACUUUGACUAUGUCUUCACGGGUGUCUUCACGUUUGAGAUGUUGAUCAAGAUGGUGGUGCUAGGCCUGUUCUUACAUCAGGGUUCAUACUUCAGGGACCUGUGGAACAUCCUGGACUUUAUAGUGGUUAGUGGUGCUCUGGUGGCCUUCGCCUUCACGGGGAGUGGCAAAGGGAAAGAUAUCAGCACUAUCAAGUCUCUGAGAGUACUGAGGGUACUACGACCUCUCAAGACCAUCAAACGACUCCCCAAGCUAAAGGCUGUGUUUGACUGUGUGGUGAACUCUCUGAAGAACGUCCUGAACAUCCUCAUCGUCUACAUGCUCUUCAUGUUUAUAUUUGCUGUGGUGGCUGUGCAGCUGUUCAAAGGCAGAUUCUUCUACUGCACUGACGAGUCCAAGGAGUUUGAGCGCGAUUGCAGGGGAGAGUUUUUGGUGUACGAACGGAAUGAAGUAAAAGCUGAGAAGCGGGAGUGGAAGAAGUACGAUUUCCACUACGACAACGUGCCUUGGGCCCUGCUCACCCUCUUCACUGUGUCCACUGGAGAGGGCUGGCCGCAGGUGUUAAAGCAUUCGGUAGAUGCGACCUAUGAGAAUCAGGGUCCCAGUCCGGGCUACCGGAUGGAGAUGUCCAUCUUUUACGUGGUGUACUUCGUUGUCUUCCCCUUCUUCUUCGUCAAUAUCUUUGUUGCUCUCAUCAUCAUCACCUUCCAAGAACAGGGGGAUAAGAUGAUGGAGGACUACAGUCUGGAAAAGAAUGAGAGAGGAUGUAUAGACUUUGCCAUAAACGCCAAGCCCCUGACCCGCCACAUGCCCAAGAACAAGCAGAGCUUCCAGUUCCGGAUGUGGUCGUUUGUGGUGUCCCCACCGUUCGAGUACAGCAUCAUGGGUCUGAUCGCACUCAAUACUAUAGUCCUCAUGAUGAAGUAUAAUGGGGCGUCUGACACCUAUGAUAAAGUCCUGAAGAACAUCAACAUCGUCUUCACUACCCUCUUCUUCAUGGAGUGUAUUCUCAAGAUCAUCGCCUUCGGGGUUUUGAAUUAUUUUAAAGACGCUUGGAACAUUUUUGAUUUUGUCUCCGUGCUCGGAAGCUUCACUGAUAUCCUGGUGACAGAAUUUUGGAAUAACUUCAUCAACCUGAGUUUCCUUCGACUGUUCCGAGCGGCUCGUCUCGUCAAGCUACUGAGACAAGGAGAGACUAUACGCAUCCUGCUCUGGACUUUCGUCCAGUCAUUUAAGGCGCUGCCCUAUGUGUGCCUCCUCAUUGGCAUGCUGUUCUUUAUCUACGCCAUCAUUGGGAUGCAGUUGUUUGGUAAUCUGGCACUGGGCGAGGACGAAGGCAGUGCCAUCAACGAAAACAACAACUUCAGGACUUUCAUCAUGGCACUCAUGUUACUAUUCAGGAGUGCGACAGGUGAGGCGUGGCAUGACAUCAUGCUGUCGUGUCUGGGGGGUAAGAAGUGUGACCCAGACUCAGGGAACACAGAACCAGAGUGUGGCAGCACCUUCGCAUACACAUACUUCGUCUCCUUCAUCUUCUUCUGUUCUUUCCUGAUGCUGAAUCUGUUUGUGGCUGUCAUCAUGGAUAACUUUGAGUACCUGACCAGAGACUCAUCUAUACUGGGUCCUCAUCACCUGGACGAGUACGUCAGGAUAUGGGCCGAGUAUGACCCCGCUGCCUGCGGGCGCAUACAUUAUAAGGAUAUGUACAGUUUAUUGAGAGUAAUCUCCCCUCCUCUGGGCUUGGGCAAGAAAUGCCCUCAUAGGGUGGCCUGCAAGAGGCUGCUGCGCAUGGACUUGCCGGUUGCUGAGGACAACUCAGUGCAUUUCAACUCCACCCUCAUGGCUCUGAUUCGGACAGCGCUCGAUAUCAAGAUUGCCAAGGGAGGAGCUGACAAACAUCAGAUGGACGCUGAGCUAAGGAAAGAAAUGAUGGCCAUUUGGCCCAACCUCUCUCAGAAGAACCUAGACCUGCUGGUCACACCACACAAGUCCACAGACCUGACGGUGGGGAAGAUCUACGCUGCCAUGAUGAUCAUGGAGUAUUACAGACAGAGCAAGGCCAAGAAGCUCCAGGCCCUACGCGAGGAGCAGAACCGAACACCGUUAAUGUUUCAGCGCAUGGAGCCGCCCUCCCCCGGGGGAGGAGAAGGGGGAGGAGGGGGAGGCCCCGACGGGACGGGAGGAGGGAUGCCAGGGGCCAACGGCCUCCCCGCCACCCAGCAUGACCCCAACAGCAUACCUCCAGAGGGUGGGAUGACAGAGAGCCAGUCGUGGGUGACAGCUAAAGCUCAGGAGAUGUUUAACAAGACGGGCAACUGGAGCCCAGAGAGACCCUACCCCGACCAUCUCCAUGACAACAGACACAACCCCCAGACGCUAGAGAUGAGAAAGAUGGGGCGGGACGGGUACUCGGAAACUGAGCCCUGUCACCCAAUGCGAAUGGACAGGCAUGGUCGGACCAUCUCCAUGCCCCGCCUCUCAGACGACAACCAACGGAGACGACACAGGCCUCGUGGACAUAACCACCUCAGUACCGUAACAGACACCAGCCCCAUGCGUCGGUCCACUUCCUCUCUGGUACACAGGCGUUCUGGCAGGGAGAGGGGGGUGAGGCUGGAUGACUACAGCCUGGAGAGGGUAGAAGGAGAGGGGAGGCACGGUGGGGGAGCAGGAGGGGGACAACGCAGGGACAGGAGGGACAGGAGCCACCGCACCUCUCAGAGGUCCCUUACCAGAUACACAGACGCAGACACAGGGUUGGGCACAGACCUGAGCACUACCACCCAGUCUGGAGAACUCCCCCCCAAAGAGCGUGAACGCGAACGCGGUCGAGCCAAAGACCGCAGGCACCACCAUCAUCACCACCACCACGGUGGCUCCAUGGAGAAGGAGGGGCGCUUCGGGCCAGACAGACACGGGCCAGAGUUCACCCACAGACACCCCCACGACCGGGGGGACAGACACUGGUCCCGCUCUCCUAGUGAGGGGCCCGACGGACGGGGCCACAGACAGGGCAGUAGCUCGGUGAGCGGCAGCCCCGUCCCCUCCACGUCCGGUACCUCCACCCCCCGCCGCGGGCGCCGCCAGCUGCCCCAGACCCCCGCUGUGCCACGCCCCCACGUCACCUACUCCCCAGCCAUACGACACCCCAAGCCCACCUACGGAGCAGGUCCCCCUGGGCGACUCCGCUCCCCCUCCCCCCGACACUUCUCCCCCCCAGAGCACGACGGAGGGGGGUAUCACCGCCCGCCAUCGCGUCACGUUUCGCCGCUUGAGCACGGAGGGUCGAGGCACGGGUCUCCGAGAUCGGCCCGACACCAGUCGGGGUCUCGUUCACCUCCGCCCCACCAUGGGUCACCCCGGUCCCCCCGCCACGGGCGUUGGAGCGGUCCCCCUCCCGGGGAUAGUCUGGAGAGCGAGGUUGGCCCAUUCUAUGAGCGUGACUGCGAGUACGAGCGCCAGCAUGAGCCGCCCGCCUACGAGCAGAGCCUCAGCAACCCACAUCCCCACGGCAACCCCCACCCGCACGGCAACCCACAUCCGCACGGCAACCCGCACCCACGCUCCCCCAGGACUGCCCGGCACGGGGGCGGCGUGGGCCCACCACCUCCACUUGCUCCCACUCACCCCCGACGAGUCCCAAAUGGUUACCGCUCGUCUUCGCCCUCCCCGCACCGGCGAGGGCCCCCACAUCAACACCCCAAUCCAGGGGGACCACCCCACCGGUCCCCCCCUCAUCACCGGGUCCCCCAUGGAGGCCCCAGAGGCCCCCGGAAGGGACUGCACGAACCCUACAGCGAGACGGACGAGGACGACUGGUGCUAGCACAGCGAAGGAACAGAAGAACGAGGGAGGAGAGGAAGAGAGGAAAAGGAGGGAGGAGAGGAGUCUCUCCGUCUCCCCCGUCCUCUGUUCUUCGUUAUGCAGACUUGAAUGAAGGGUAAAGGGAUGCAGAAGGGGGUGAGGAAAGGAAAGGAGGAGAGGAGAAUUUGGGAGAAGUCUCUCCAUCUCUCUACCUCCACCCCUGAGACUCAGACUUGGAUGGAAUGAUGAGGGAUGGAGGGAUGGUUAGAGGAGAAGAGGCACACUGUGUGGGUGUGUGAGACUCUAAACUCAGAGCAGACAUGACAGAGAGAGACAGCUAUAAGGCAGAACUACGCACCUCUCCUCUUCUCCUCUGUCUCAACUACCAUACCCAGAGUUCUCAGCGUGCCCAGGGGGGAGUAGACCGAGGGAUGGUGGAGAGGUGCUGACGGAGGUGUGGAGAGGGAAGAAAGAACAAAAGAAUGAAAGGAAGGGAGGAGCAUGUAUAUUAAGUUACAAGUGGCCAAUGAAUGGUAAAUAAAAGCCCCUCUCCCAGACUGUUUAGGGGAUAGGUGGGUUAGUUAAGUUAAGCUAAACCUGGGUGCUCUUGCUGUUCUGUCAUUCUAUUCUACUAGCCUGAUAAGUGUUAGGAGCUAACAGCUAAACGCUAGCUAGCUAACACUGCUCUUGGUCUAACCUAGACGGACAUGUUUAAAAAAACAACAACGAAAACCCAUGCCAGGACCCCCUAUCCUUAUACACGCCAAGCUAUGCCUCCAGAAAAAUCUAACUUGAAGACUAAAGAGCAGAAAACAAAAACAAACUUUGAAAAAAAAGAGGAGAAAAAAAGGGAGAACAACCACUUUAACUUAAACUUUCCUGAAAGGGACCGGACUAGAACCAGGAAGCUCCGCCUCUACUGCAAAAACCAGCCAAUGACAGAGCUGGCUGAUAUUUGAUGAGUUUUAUCAUCUCCUGUUUACUGUUACAGACUCACGAAAUGCUGACGACGGACCUGGUGUGACCUCACAUCCGGUGGGUGGGGCCUAGUGUGACAUCACUUCCUGUUCCGGUGGGUGGGGCCACAGGGGAGGGGCUGGGGGCAGAGUUAUGGACCCUUAGGGGGCGUAGUUUGUUUGCCCCCACUAUCUUCUCUCCCCCCUUCCUCUCUCCUCCAUCCUGCCGAAGGGAAGGGAAGGAAAAUGAUGUGAGGAUGAGCAGAAAGAAAGAAGGACAGGGAAGGAAAAUGAUGUGAGGAUGAGCAGAAAGAAAGAAGGACAGGGAAGGAAAAUGAUGUGAGGAUGAGCAGAAAGAAAGAAGGACAGGGAAGGAAAAGACCAUUUCUUCAGUAUUUCUUCUAUCGAUUACUUCUUCUUCUUCUAGUUCUUCUUCUUGGACAUUGGAGCUUGGUUCUUCUGUUGCGUUCGCUCAAGCCUCUGUUAAUCCGUUAUGAUGCAUGAAAAAAAUACCUAGAGAGAAAAUCUACUGUUGGGGAUAUGGGGGCAUAUUGGGUUUAUAGAACACUUACAUUUUAGGUUUUGAUUGAAGAAGUUCUCUUUUUCUGACUCUCUCUCUCUCUCUCUCUCUGACUCUGUCUAUCAUCAUGCGUUUGUUUAUUGAGUAAAUAUUUGUUCUAUAUCACCCUAAGGAUCCGAUGGACAACCUUUUUUAAGUUUGAUUUCUGCCCAAUAGGGUUUUAAAGCUACCAUUUUCUUAUCUUGAAAGUACUCCUAAGUUCCUGAGAUACUCCUAAAUUUUACUAAGAUUCUCCUGUUGUACUAAGAUAUUCCUAAAUUGUUUUGAGGAAUAAGUAAGAAUUGAGAGAGCUAUGGGGAGAGAGAACUUCAACCUCUUUAAAUAAUUGAUUUGUAUUGUUAAUAAUGAUGAUAGUCCUAUAAAUACUGAUAUCAAUGUCAAUGCAAAACGAUGAAUGAUGAUAGCUGUUUGCCGUAGAUCUGUUGUCAUGUUUUUUGGAGUUUCAAUCUGCUGUGUCAUCUAGUUUUCAUCGUUUAUUUUCCUUUGGUUCUGUUCAAACUGUUUCCAAACUGUUCCCAAACUGUUUCCAAACUGUUCCAAAACGCCUUUAACUGGGUCCGAUACAUGCAACACGCAUAAACUUUUCAGGGAGGGGUUAGAUGUCGGAUUGUGAUUGUGAGCAACACAGAUGGAACUGUGUGGCGUUGUGUAACGCAGCUCUUUACCUCUGAUAGGUCCCCCCCUCAGUGGUAGACAGAGAACCGGGGACACGUUCAGUAGCCAAAUGUUGUCAAACGUUGCAGAUAGAAAUGUCAUUAACAGAGCCGACGUGGUUCUUCAUUCUACGUGUAAGAGAUGCAUGUUUGUUCUAAAUAGCAUUUUUCUAUCCAAGCGUUCCAAAAACAUUGUGUCCUGCUGAGUGCGCCCCAGUCAUAGCCAAAUGAACCGGCCAACCAACCAACCGUCAGACCUCCACACAGUAUCUGAUUUACAGCUAGCUGUGGACCAUAGAGUUAGAAAGAGGACUUAUACUGGGAUAUAUCCACCUAGAGCCCUCUUUCUACCUCUAUGUUGUGAACGAGCUCCACAUCACAUCCCCAUGAGCUCUCCACUCGCUGUCGAGUCUCUCUGUCUUUCUGAUUUUCCAUGACAUGUUUAGCAUUGAGCUGCUUGCUUUACCAAGCCAGAGGAGAACAUUCUAGAAACAUUUUAGAAUCUCUAAGACAUUCUAGAAACUCUAGUCUAGACUCUAGAAACUCUAGUACAUUCUAGAGCAUUCUUUAGACAGGUUAGCUAACAUGAUUGUUUCCAGAUGUUUUGGAUUAAAACAUAUUUAUUUUGCUAUGAUUACAGUUAUGUAGAUUGUAACAGAUAUUCCCUAUCAUAACUCGUAAAAUGAUAGAUACAAUAUAGAUAUAUAGAGAUACAAAAGUUUAUAUAUUAUAGAGCGAAAAACAUACUUUUAUUUACUUCAAACACUCUAGCUAAGUGGCUAGAGCUCAGAAACUCUCCAUUGAAAUCAGCUACACAGAUUCAAAUUGCACUUUGUCACUGUAGCUCCACACAAUAUCCCACUACAAACUCUAUGCAGAUCUAUCCAACAUUCAUUUCUCCUUUACCAUUAUAGUUCAGAGUGGUUGUACCAUUAUAAAUAAAUGACAAUAUGUACGUGGGCGCAUAGAAAUAGAAUGUGUAGAACAGGCCUCCCAAUUCAAGUCAAUGAUGGCAUAUCUAUAGAUUAUAUUUCUAUGGGUCAGAUAGUGUAGUGUCAGAUAGUGUAUAUACAGCGUUUUGAUAUAGAUGGAUAGAACUAUAUAGAUAGAGGGUAUGCCCACAUCGUUUUGCUUUUGCACAAUCACUCACGAUAUCCUUGUCCUUCAUAGCAUCUUUCCUUUAUUUUUGACCCUCCUGCAGUGUUUUGUCCUCUCCUGCUCCCUCUAUCAUUCUCCCAAGCUGUCCAAUCCCAGGCCUAGUGUAGUGUAGUGAACUGGGAAGGGGAGCGGGUGCACAUAUACCACCCCUGCCCUCCAUAUAGGUAGGUCCAGAGAGAGAGGGGGGGGGGGGGGGGGGGCUACAUAUACCACCCCUGCCCUCCGUAUAGGUAGGUCCAGAGAGAGAGGGGGGGGGGCUACAUAUACCACCCCUGCCCUCCGUAUAGGUAGGUCCAGAGAGAGAGGGGGGGACCUACAUCAGAGGGGUGUUUAUCUACCCAGAAACCCCAGUGCCUCAGUGCCUUCUGUUUUCAGAGUCACAUCUACCCUUCCCAGCUUGCCCCUCAGUAUCCCCCUCGCCCCCUCCUGUGGUUGAUCAACGUCAACCACACUACGCCUUAAAGAGUCCUAGUCGCUGUCUGUGGGCAGGUAGCGGUUGGGAGCAAGGCAGUAGGUACUGGGCUUUGCUUAGUUGGUUUGAACAGUGAGUAAAGCGCAGGAAGAGAGGGGAAUGGAAACUACUUUUGAUAUGGCGGCCAUUUUGGGGAUCUCCUUCGCCCAGUUUCACACAGUGUAGUGAGAUACUGUAAUUGCAGGGGCGAAAAGGCAAUGAUUUGUUUACUUCUCAGGUGUCUCUAGAGAUAGAUAGCUAGAUAGAUAGAAUCUACACUAUAUAAUAGGCACGCUAAGGCAGUUAGUCAGUUAUAUCAUAUAAUAUGAUAUCAAUUUAUAAAAUCAUAUGAAAAAAAUAUAGGCCUAGGGUUUGAGUUACUGUAUGGUUUGUUAUCUGGCAUGGGCAUUUGUAAUGUCUUCCCUUCUCCCCUUAACCUCCAUUACAGACCACCUACCAUUCAUCAUGAAUCUGCCGCUGAAAACUACUUGCACUUGACACUGUGGGUGUCCACUGAUCAGGCAGGAAACUGACUACUCCAUUUCGGCUCAGCAACACCAACAUGCUUGUCCAGAAUUGUAACUGCGGAUCCAAAAUGGCUGACAUCGACACACAACACUGCCGUUGUUGCAUGUUGUGUGGAUUGUGUGCUCCAACCAUUAUAAAAUGAAUGACCAUUUUAAGGGGUUUAUUUUGUUUAUUAAAAAAAAAAAAUCCAGAAGAUUUGUGAAAAGGAGGAUUUACGAAGUUUCUAGUUUACUCUCAAUCGUUCAUCCAUCCCUCCUACGUUCCUAUCCAUUUAUUUUUUGUCUUUCCUUUCUAUUUCUGAUGUGACUUCUUGAUCAACUCUCUCUAUCAUUUUUUCCUCCUCUUUGAGAAAGCAGACGAUCUCCGAAAGCCAAUCCAACCCCAUUCACUCAAUCAAUCAACCGUUGUGCGUUUGUGAAAUGAUGUAAAUGAUUGGUGUGUGAGGCUAGUGUGUAUUGAUCCAGAAAUAAGGGCUCUCCUAACAAACUAAAGGGGUUUCAUGUGCAGGUACAGUAGUGCUGCCAAAAGUCAUCUGUAUGUAUCUCAAACCCAUACAGUGGUGUGGUCUCCCCUUGUACAGCACUAGGUGUGUGCAUGCGUGUGUGUUGGGGUCAAGGGUCAGGGUGAGAGAGUCUAUGGGGGGGGGCACAGCUGGGUGUACGUUCCGCUGAGGUGAAACGUUCUGGUAUGUUCUGCUGAAGUGAAACGUUCUGGUAUGUUCUGCUGAGGUGAAUCGUUCUGCUGAGGUGAAUCGUUCUGCUGAGGUGAAACGUUCUGGAAAAGAACAGAUAGAAAUGUAAUGAAUAGAGCUGACACGACACCCUUUUCUGUCAGACUGACAAGCAUAUCCGUUCUACUUGAUGCAUUUCUAUCUGAUUGUUUUCUGUAACAUUUGCACCCUCCUGAACAGACCCCGGUUAGAAGUAGUGUCACUAGUCACAUUAUUUCACAAAUGGCACUGGAACGUUCUUGGUUCAUUUUCUAGCUCCGCCUUCUUCCGCUUGCCAAUACAGCCUUCAUUAUGAUGUCAGCUGCCAUUUUCUCAUUGACCUCCACCUGCAUCCCCCAGCUCAUUUUGGAGUGGAGGGUCACCAACCUCAUCAGGGCUGGGUUUACUGGUAUGACAGUGAGACAUUCUUCUGUGUCUGUGUGUUGUGUUCGUGUGUGUUUGCUACGUUUGUGCUUGUGCGUGUGUGAGUGAGAGAGUGUGUGCGUGCGUGAGUGCGUGCAAGUGAGUGCGUGUGUUCACACCUCAUCUACAGUAAGUUAUCUUCAGUGCCUUACACUGUACAGUAGGAACCAAAUCUUCUUUGUAGAUAGACAACACACUGCACUGAAUAACGCUUUCAUAAUGUUUUCAUAAUGUUUUCUCUCCAACUGUUCUCUUCUCUCCAUCCAGUAUUGCCUCACCUACCAUCCUAUUCCUUCUCUCUCUGUGAUCGACGAGUAAGGUCUGGAGGGAGGGCAUGGGUGAAUGAAUAGGUGAUCGUUGUGUUGGGUCUGUCAUCAUUCUCUUUCUCUCUCUCUGUACAUUUGCUCUGUAAACUCUUCCUGUGUACAUCUUCCAUAAACUUUCUGAAACAAUCCGACCAUGUCCAUCUAUUUUCUCUUUUAUCGCCCCUACAUUUAUUUUUCAACGUUUACAUUUCAAUCAUUUAGCAGAUGUUCUAAUCCAGAGCGACAUAGUGUCGACAACAUCACUCCCACUCUUCAAUUGUGCUUGAAGUCUCACUCAAGUGAUGUCCAUUUCCAUGUAAUACCAUACAUGAACACAAGGUGGUGCACUCAUGCUUUAAACAGAGUAUACAUUGGUCGACAUAACGCACCAUUCAAAGGCCUAUGUGUAUGUUGUCAUUACAUUGUUUUCGCAGGAGAACGGGUGAGUAUCGUGUGUGUACGUGCGCAUGUGCAUGUUUGGAGGCUUCUGUGUGUGUGUGUGUGUGUGUGUGUGUGUGUGUGUGUCUGCACGUGCCAAAACGCACACAGCGACAACACCGAGAUUCUUGACAACUGUGGGUGUGAUUGAUUCCCUAGAGAUGUGUGGAGCUGUCACCAUGGAAACCCUCAAGGCCCCUCCCUCACUCUUCAUUCCAUACAGUCUCCCAACCAUCACCUUAUAAUAUCACAAUACCAUCAAUUUGUCCCAUAGACACUGAUUUAAGAUCUGUUUUCAGUGUUAGCCUCCUUAUGGUGAAGCAUAGGAGUGAGGUGGGGUGAAUCUGGAGUAGAAACCAUAUCAGUCCAGUGCCACAGUAGAAACCAUACCAUAUCAGUCCAGUGCCACAGUAGAAACCAUACCAUAUCAGUCCAGUGCCACAGUAGAAACCAUAUCAGUCCAGUGCCACAGUAGAAACCAUAUCAGUCCAGUGCCACAGUAGAAACCAUAUCAGUCCAGUGUCACAGUAGAAACCAUACCAUAUCAGUCCAGUGCCACAGUAGAAACCAUAUCAGUCCAGUGCCACAGUAGAAACCAUAUCAGUCCAGUGCCACAGUAGAAACCAUACCAUAUCAGUCCAGUGCCACAGUAGAAACCAUAUCAGUCCAGUGCCACAGUAGAAACCAUACCAUAUCAGUCCAGUGCCACAGUAGAAACCAUACCAUAUCAGUCCAGUGCCACAGUAGAACCCAUACCAUAUCAGUCCAGUGCCACAGUAGAAACCAUAUCAGUCCAGUGCCACAGUAGAAACCAUACCAUAUCAGUCCAGUGCCACAGUAGAAACCAUACCAUAUCAGUCCAGUGCCACAGUAGAA